AUAAGACGCAUACGACCAGAUACAAAAACUAAAGGAAGAAAACAAAAAACCUUAAAACACUUUAAAUAAAAGACACACUCACAUUGUCAGAAACCUACAUCGAGAACUUCCACACACACAGACACGUUCAUGAAGAACAUCAUCGAGAAGAGUAAGAAGAUGGUUGAUGAUCAUGAACAUGAUCAUAAUAAUGAUCGGAUACUAUGGGAUUGUGGAAGUCCACUCUAUGACUCCUACGAGCUCGUCUCUCUCACGCACAUCAUCGAACGCCACUUCAUGUAUCUCCCCUCUCUCUCCGGCGCCAGAAAAGUUUGUUCUUCUCGUACGCCGUCAGAUUUGGGAGAUAAGGCGAAUCGCGCAGCCAGCACCGUCGUGGAUCUAUGCUGUUCCUCUGAUUCAACGACGGGUAAAUUAUUUGGUGGUAUUUUUCUGACGAAGUGGUGGAAGAACAAGAAAAACGCUGAUGUCAUGGAGGAGGAACCCAAGAAGAAGAACAAGAAGGUAUUUCAUCGAGUUCUCUCUAGGUUAAGAAUACCUACAACAAGAUCUGGUUCUACGAAUAUGUGAUUCUACUCUCCUAUACGUAAAAAAGAUUAAUUAAUGUUUGUAUAAU